GCGCGAUGCCUCCUGCCAUUUGUUCCCCGGGGCAACCCGCGGCCCUGGCGAGAUGCUCCCGCCCCGGUGCCCGGCUCUGCCAGCCCCGGAGCCUGGCGUCCCCGCUGCCCGCAGCGGCCCAGGGCGGUCUGUUUGCAGUCAGCGGCACGGCCGCCAGCCGCGUGUGGCUGGGCCCCGCGCCAGGCCGCUGUGUUAAAAGGGGAAGGAAGGAGCCGCUGGGAGCCAGAGCCGGGGGUAGCCGAGCCCGGACGAGCGGCUGCCUCCGUCCGCGCCAGCCGGGACCUCAGCGCAGCAGCGGCACCGCGAUGCGGCUUCUCCCCCUCCUGCUGCUGGCGGCCCUGGGCUGCGCGGCCAAGCCGAAGCGGCCGGCGGCGGACGAGGGGGCGGACGCCCAGCGGGCCGCCCCCAAGGGCUGCGCCAACCUCACCGUGGUCCUCGACAACUGGAAAUUCGCCAUCACGUCCCAGAUGAGGAACCUGCUGCUCUUCGACCACGAGACGGUGCUGCCCGACUACGGGAGGAUCCGCUCGCUCUCCGGGGCCCUGGACCACCUCUACGAGGAUUUCAGCGCCCUGAAGGAGCAGCUGGGGCAGCUGACGGCCCGCUUUGCCGAGGUGGAGGCCUUCGCCGAGGAGCUGAGCGGGGCCCAGCGCCCCACACGCCGCCGCAGGCCGCCCCCGCCCGCCCGCCGGCCCCCCGCCACCCCGCACUAGCCGCCCCGCGGCUCCCGAGCACACGUGCCGCGAGUUCGAGGGGCCUCAGCCUCACCCGAGGGCAAGUUCACCCCACUGCUGCUGCUGGAGCUGCCCGAGCAUCGUCCCGCCGGCGGCCAGACCUUGCCCGCAGAGGCCCGGGGUGCAGACGGGGGACACCGCGGGGACACUGGGUGCGGGAUGGCCCCGGGGGGGCGGUGGGCAAAGCUUGGUGCCCCCCCGGCACUCGCACGCUUUCAAUAAAGUCCCCGUCACCAGCA